AUGAGCAACAGCUCCAGGGAGGAUUCUCCAGACUGGCUCCGUUCUUUCCAGGCCCCAACUCUGACAUUGUCCUCGGAUUCAACCUCUUCAUCUAAGGCUAGUCCUUCUAGGGAUGACACAACUGCUUCUCAAUUUUCAGAGGAAGGCAACCAUCUUGUUGGUCCAAGCACUGCAGACUCUCUGUUGAAUAAGAUUUCCAAAGCAAAAGGAGCAGCAAGGAAGAAAAAAGGAAAAGGGGAUUGGGAUGAUGGGCAAGAUGUCGAGGAUGGCACAUCUGCAAAGCAUACUGAAGAACCUCGUGCUUCAAACCAUUCAGUUUGGGCAUUAUCAUCGGACUCUGAGUCUUGUCCUGAUAAUAGCCCUACACGAGAUGCCAAAAAAAGUAAUGUUGAAGAGAGUGGAAACGAUGAGGACCCCAUUCCUUUGCAUAGCAGAGAAGUGUCUCCAGUAAAAAAGGCCUCAAAAAGUAAAUCUCCGAAAAAACUUCCAAAAGGAGAGGGUCACACAACAAAGAAGGGGAAGAAUGAAAAUGAUUUUGUGCAAAGUAGAGGAAACGAUGGGGAUGUGGAAAUUACAGAGGAAGACACGUCUGAGAAGCAUGUCAAUGCUCAUGUUUCUACAUCAAGGUUACCAUUGGUGCUCUCUGAGAAAGUCCAGCGUUCCAAGGCACUUGUUGAGUGUGAAGGCGAAUCCAUUGAUCUAAGUGGUGAUAUGGGGGCUGUUGGGCGAGUAGUGAUUCCAGAUACCCCAUCUGGAAACUCUGAAAUCUUUGGUCAAUCAGAGGCAAAGAUAGAGGCUAUCAUGAAUGACUUCAUUCAGCUAAAAACGCAGUCUAAUGUUUUUGAAGCUGAAACUAUGGUUGAAGGAACGCUUGAGGGUUUUUCUUUUGAUUCUGAAGAUGAGACUGACAAGAUAAUAAAGGCUACUGCUCAUCCAACUGAUCAGAACGAGGGCAUUGAAGAACCGGCCAAUGGAAAAACUAAGAGAAAAGCUGAGAAAUCAUCUGGAGUGGCUCGAAAGAAAGGUAAAACUGCAGCAGGAAAGCCGCAGCCAGUGAAAAAAGUAAGAAAGAAGACCCAAGCCAACUCUGUGCGCAAGAUUUGUGAAGCUGUUCGCCAUUCAGAUCCAGGCAAGAAUGUAUUCUGUAGAAUUGCUUCAUCUUGGCAAGGUUAG